AUGGUUCGGUACCGCGGCCAAGGAGUACGGGCGACUGGAAGGCGAGGUGGCGAUGAUCAAGGAGCUCCAGAAGGGCCCGAUCACGUGCGGUAUCGCCGUGAGUCCCGGGUUCAAGUACGAGUACUCGGCCGGCAUCUUCAACGAUACGACGGGCUUUAUGGACAUCGAUCACGACGUCGAGAUUGUCGGCUACGGCGAAGAGCACGGCGUCAAGUUUUAGAACGUGCGCAACUCGUGGGGCACCUACUGGGGCGAGAACGGCUUCUUCAAGAUCGUCCGCGGCAGCAACAACCUCGCGAUCGAGUCCGACUGCCACUACAUGGUGCCCGACGUCAGCGACGAAGAGCUCAUUUGGUCCAAGAAGCCCGCGUACGGCGGCUCGAUCUACGGCCUCGUGCCCUUCAACGACGCGCGCGCCAAGCAACACCCGGUCACCGACACGUCGGCGAUCACGGAAACGAACGCGACGCAGCUCACAUCCCACGAAAAGCCCGCGCACACGACGGCGCACCACACGCCCACCCCGAUGACAUUGUGCCGCCAGUCAAGAAGGACGGCCUCCGGAAAGCAGAGACCAACCUCAUGGCGGUGGAGACCCCGCCGUCCGUGUCGUUGUACUCUCCGGCGCAGCUCGGGCUCGCCUUCCUCGGCGUUGGCUGCAUCGGUAUGGUCGUAAGCAUGCUCACGGCCACAAAGCUUCGCCAAGCGCGAUACCAGAUCAUCGAGUAG